AUGAACCUUGAGUGGAAGGUGCUCCUCGAAGAGGCUUCGGAAGGAGAUGACGGAGCGACGUCCCAGCACGACAGCGCGUCCAUCAAUGAAUUCAACGAGACGAAGCAGCACCUGCUCUCUUCUCCGUCAUUUGCGUCUCGGGAGGGAGAGAUCCGAAACGUGCUCGACGUCCUCUCGCAGGGCGACCAGCCUUCCGUCAAGAACUUUUUCACUUUUUGCGAUGGAGAGUAUAGGAUUUAUGGUGGGAGGAGCGGUUUCGGGGAUGGGCAGCUAGGCGAUGGGGAUGGGGAUGGCGAGGAUGUUGAUGAUGGGCCUACUCCAGAUGGAUUUGGCAGGGCACCCAUGCCGCGCAGGCUGGAAGCGAUUCGCCGGGACGGUGUUCUCAGUCCCAGACCCCAAGGCACAGCACCAGAAGGCACUAUGGAGGGCUCUUCAGCGAACGACAAUAUCAGGAUGCCAAUGGAGGGUGCAUCGACGGGUCUGGAUGUACAGUCCUUCUUCAGCAAGGACUACAAACAUGUCAAGACACGGCCUGCUUCCUCCCGAACUUCGCUAUGGAAGAUCAGAAGCACCCGUUACAGAAGCAGUCUGGGUAUUGACGAUGAUCACGCCUUUCAGAUAACCAAAUCAUACAAAGCGUCUAAAGGCCAACCCUUGAACGAACAGAUCCUUGGAACGCAGCCCGAGGAUGGCUACGUUGAGGCUCUGACGGCAGCAUCUCAGCUGGUGGAUGCUGCGCCGAAGACUGCAGAUGGACAUUGUGUAUUCUCGUUCAACACGCCUAGCGGUUACCAUGGAGCUGUUGGAAAGAGGCAUGUAUUUGUGGGUGAUGCAGAUUGGUUGGUCUCUCUUGGGAAGGAGGAAUACUAA